GUACGGUUCUGUUCCACGCGUUGACAUUUUCUUAUACCAGCUGCUGACGAAUCGUGCAGAUUUAUCGCAAUUUUCGCAACAUUUUCGCCAAAUGGUGAUCAGAAUUUCACCAUAAAUUGAUAGAUCAACGUAGCAUCAAAAUGACGAAAACUCGUUUCAACACCUACGAUGUGGUUUGCUCGGUGACGGAGCUUCAAAAGCUCAUCGGCAUGCGAGUGAAUCAAAUCUACGACAUCGACAAUAAGACCUACCUGAUUCGGCUGGUACGGAACGAGGAGAAAGUGGUGCUGCUGAUGGAAUCCGGCACCCGAUUCCACACGACGGCCUUCGAGUGGCCCAAGAACAUGGCUCCGUCCGGGUUCACCAUGAAGCUGCGAAAGCAUUUGAAAAACAAACGUUUGGAAAGUCUCAAGCAGCUGGGGGUGGAUCGAAUCGUUGACUUCCAGUUUGGCUCCGGGGAGGCGGCUUAUCACAUCAUUCUGGAACUGUACGAUCGGGGAAACAUUCUGCUGACCGACUGUGAGCUGAAGAUCCUCAACAUUUUGAGGCCGCACGUCGAGGGUGAAGAGUUGCGGUUUGCCGUGCGGGAGAAAUAUCCGACGGAUCGGGCCAAACAGGACAACGGUCCGCCGUCGAUGGAAAAAUUAAAGGAAACCAUCGAAAAGGCCCGCCCGGGUGAUACUUUGCGAACGGCACUGAAUCCUAUUCUUGAGUAUGGUGCUUCGGUAAUAGAUCACGUUUUGCACAAAUAUGGAUUGUAUGGGUGCCGAAUCGGGGGAGAACCUCAAGAAAAUCCCACUGAUAAGAAGGCGAAAAAGAAACAAAAAGCCAUCGAAAAGGAAUUUUCCAAAAUUUUCGAUCCACAGCAACAUAUGACAGAUCUCAUGUGUGCUAUUAACGAUGCGGAAACUAUGUUGCGGAGCGCCAUGAAGGAAUCUUCUCGAGGUUUCAUCGUCCAGAAAAAGGAACUUAAACCUGGCAAAGAUGAUUUCUAUUUCACUAGCCUGGAGUAUCAUCCGUAUCUGUACAAUCAAAACAAAAACGAACCGGUGAAGGAGUUCGAUUCGUUCACAGCGGCCGUCGAUGAGUUCUAUUCCACCCUGGAAGGUCAGAAAAUCGACCUGAAGGCAUUUGCCCAGGAGCGGGAAGCACUGAAAAAGCUGUCCAACGUUCGAACCGAUCACGCCAAGCGUUUGGAAGAGCUGACCCGGGCCCAGCUAGAUGACCGAAAAAAGGCCGAGCUGAUUACCCGGAAUCAAAAUCUGGUGGACAGCGCACUGCUGGCGGUGCAGAGCGCAUUGGCCGCCCAAAUGUCCUGGUCCGACAUUCAAGACCUGGUGAAGGCUGCACAGGCCAACAAUGAUCCGGUCGCUUCCUGCAUCAAACAGCUGAAGCUGGAGAUCAAUCAUAUUUCGUUGCAUCUACGGGAUCCGUACGCGGUGUUGGACGAAGACGAAGAUGCCGACGACGACGCCGAAGAUCGAGAGGAUGACGAGGGCAAGCUGGAACCGAUGGUGAUCGACGUGGAUCUGGCGCUAACGGCAUUCGCCAACGCUCGGCGCUACUACGAUCAGCGUCGUUUCGCCGCCCGAAAGGAGCAGAAAACGAUCGAAUCUUCGUCCAAGGCGCUGAAGAAUGCAGAGAAGAAGACGGCCCAAACGUUGAAGGAUGUUCGCACCCAAACGACCAUCUCCAAGGCCCGAAAGGUUUAUUGGUUCGAAAAGUUCUAUUGGUUCAUCAGUUCGGAAAACUAUUUGGUCAUUGGCGGAAGGGAUCAGCAACAGAACGAGUUGAUUGUGAAGCGGUACAUGCGUCCGGCGGACAUUUAUGUGCAUGCUGAAAUUCAAGGUGCUUCAAGUGUGGUCAUUAAGAACCCUUCAGGAGGAGAUAUUCCCCCGAAAACGCUUCUGGAGGCGGGAACAAUGGCUAUUUCCUAUAGCGUUGCGUGGGAUGCCAAGGUUGUGACUAGCGCUUACUGGGUCAAGAGCGAUCAGGUUAGCAAAACGGCACCGACGGGAGAAUACCUUACAACCGGUAGUUUUAUGAUUCGUGGAAAGAAAAACUUUUUACCACCUUGCCAUUUGGUGCUGGGACUGAGUUUUAUGUUCAAGCUGGAAGAGAGUUCGGUUGAACGCCACAAAGGCGAAAGAAGAGUCAGGAACUUUGAUGAGGAAUCCGUUAUAAGCAAAGAUGAUCGAUCCGAAAUAUCUGAAGCGGUUGAUGAAGAAAUUCAACUGGAAGGUGACUCUGAUCAUGAAGAAAAAGAAGAUCAACCGGAAAACCUACCAGAUCAAGUUAGAUCCCUUUCAAUCGAUGAAAAAAUAUCGGAAGAAGAGCAAUCGCUAUCGGAUCAGGAGAAAAAAUCCGAAGCAGAUUCCGAUGACGACGACACUCCCAAAUUCCCGGACACGCACAUUAAAGUAGAGCAUGAUACCGGGAAAGUUUCGGUACAAGCCGAUCCGGUUCUUCAACGGCUCACCUCCGAUCCAGAUCCGGAUUCAGUGAUUUUCCUGGGUGAUAGCAAACCUUACAUCAUAACUCCGGCACCGCCACGGCAGAAACAGGUUCAGAAAAGCAAACAGAAGGCCAAAGAUAAGGAACGAGCCCGUGAAGAAGCCGCCGCUCGGCAGAACAGCGAAGCUCAAAAGCAGGGUCAACCGAAACGUGGGCAAAAAUCCAAAUUGCGCAAGAUCAAAGAAAAGUACAAGGACCAAGAUGAUGAAGACCGUCAGCUAAUGAUGGAUAUCCUGAAAUCGGCCGGUAACAAACCGAACAAAAACUCACAAGAAACCGAAGCUUCUACAAGUGGGGACCAGAAAAAAUACCCUGGCAAAAAACCAACUCCACGCCUGAAGCCAACCUUUGACGAACUGGCCGAUGACACGCCGGCUGCCGCCGACGUCGAUAUGCUCGACUCCCUAACGGGACACCCGGUCGAAGAGGACGAGCUGCUGUUCGCCAUCCCAGUGGUCGCCCCCUACCAGUCGUUGCACAGCUACAAGUUCAAAGUCAAGCUGACUCCGGGAACGGGAAAACGAGGCAAAGCGAGCAAAACAGCUUUGCAGAUAUUCCUGAAGGAUAAGCAGUGCAGUACCCGGGAGAAGGAUCUGCUCAAAGCCGUCAAGGAUGAAACGCUGGCUCGGAACAUUCCGGGCAAGGUGAAACUGUCGGCACCCCAGAUGCAGAAGGUGAAGAAAUAAACGUUACUGUUACAGCUUUAGAACUAAGUUCGAUUAUUCUUGUUCUGUAU